AUGAGUUUACUUUUACCGUCGCCGGACUUGUCCAACAGACCCGUAAAGCGAGUACAAAGGGGGAGGGCCCCCGGCCAGGGGGCGGGACAUCCAGCAGGAAGAAUCUGAGCACGCGCAGGACCCAGAUGUUAAGGAAGGCGUGAGGGCUCCGGAGCGCUCGCUUUGCGAACUGUCGUAAAAGGCCCCAAGUGUCGCGCUCGCGCAGUAGGGGAGGGCUUGGUCAGGCUGCGGCGGCGGCGGCGGCGGCGGCGGCUGCAGGGCCGGGAGAUCGGCGGCGGCGGCGGCGAUGGUGAAGGUGGCGGCGCGCCGGGGCUGCGCAGGGUAGAGACGCCGGCCGUUCGGGAGCGCGGGCACCCGUGUGUGGGCCUCGACCAGGCGCUCGGAGUCCGGUCGGGAGAGGCGGGCCAAGGCCGGGCGCUGCCGCACGCACGGUGGCGGCGGUGACAGACGCCGCUUCUGAGGAGAGCCACCGGGCCGGGCUCGGGGCGCGCUCCGCCUCCGCCUCCGCCUCUCCGGGAAAACCCCCCUGCUCGCCGCCUUCGCGGGUCAGCGAUCCCCGGACCCUGUUCGCGGGGUGGCUAAUGGUUAAGGCCUUCCUUAAAGUUUCCCAUGUCUCAAUGGACUCCUGACUAUAACGAGCUCUAUACUUUGAAAGUGGAUAUGAAGAGUGAGAUUCCUUCUGAUGCACCAAAGACACAGGGGAGUCUGAAAGGGAUCCUUCUGCACCCACAGCCCAUCAGGGCAGCUGGAAGCUUUCCUGUAGAAGUGGAGAUGAUUAAUAGUAAAGUGGGGAAUGAAUUCUCUCACUUGUGUGAUGAUUCUCAGAAACAAGAGAAGGACAUGAAUGACAAACAGCAAGAACAAGAAAAAAGUGUUGUUGUGAGGAAAAAACGCAAAAGCCAGCAGGCUGGCCCGUCUUAUAUGCAGAAUUGUGUUAAAGAAAAUCAGGGAAUAUUAGGAUUGAGGCAACAUCUAGAGACACCAAGUGAUGAAGAAAACGAUUCCUCCUUCAGUGAUUGUCUAUCUUCUCCCUCAUCUAGUCUUCAUUUUGGAGAUUCUGAUACUGUGACUUCAGAUGAGGAUAAGGAAGUCUCUGUAAGACAUUCACAGACCAUUCUUAGUGCUAAAAGCAAAAGUCACAGUGCACGGUCCCAGAAGUGGCCUCGGACAGAGACAGAAUCUGUAUCAGGAUUAUUAAUGAAAAGACCUUGUAUUCCCAGUAGCUCAUUAAGGAGACUUCCAUACAGAAAGAGAUUUGUGAAAAAUAGUUCCUCACAGAGGACACAAAAACAAAAAGAGAGGAUAUUAAUGCAGAGGAAAAAACGGGAAGUAUUAGCCCAAAGAAAAUACGCGUUGUUACCUAGCUCUAGUAGUUCCAGUGAAAAUGACCUCAGCAGCGAGUCCUCUUCCAGCUCAUCCACGGAAGGAGAAGAAGAUUUGUUUGUUUCUGCCAGUGAAAACCAUCCGAGCAAUCCAGCUGCUCCCUCAGGAAGUAUUGAUGAAGAUGUUGUGGUGAUAGAAGCUUCCUUCACUCCCCAGGUCACUGCCAACGAAGAAAUUAAUGUUACCUCAACUGACAGUGAAGUGGAGAUUGUUACAGUUGGAGAAAGCUAUCGGUCUCGUUCAACUCUUGGACACUCCAGAUCUCAUUGGAGCCAAGGGUCGAGUUCACAUACAGGUCGGCCACAAGAGCCACGGAAUCGCAGUAGGGUUUCUACUGUGAUACAGCCCUUGAGGCAGAAUGCAGCAGAAGUUGUGGAUCUUACUGUUGAUGAAGAUGAACCUACUGUAGUACCAACCACUUCAGUGAGAAUGGACUCACAAAUGACUAGCGCUUCCAUUAGUACUUCAAAUCCAUCUACCUCUGAGCAAGCCUCUGAUACUGCUUCAGCUGUCUCUAGUAGCCAACCUUCCACACUAUCAGAGACUUCAGCUACUCUUACAAGCAAUAGUACGACUGGUUCUUCUGUGGGAGAUGACUCAAGGAGAUCUACAUCUAGUGCUGUAACAGAAACUGGCCCUCCUGCAAUGCCAAGGCUACCUUCCUGCUGUCCCCAGCACUCGCCAUGUGGAGGGACAUCACAGAGUCACCAUGCAUUAGGACAUCCACACUCAAGUUGCUUUCAGCAGCAUGGCCACCACUUCCAGCAUCAUCACCACCACCACCAUACUCCCCACCCAGCUGUCCCAGUUUCUCCUUCCUUUAGUGAUCCUACUUGCCCUGUGGAAAGACCUCCUCAAGUACAAGCACCUUGCGGGGCAAAUAGCAGCUCUGGUACCAGCUACCAUGACCAGCAGGCAUUGCCAGUAGACCUGAGCAACAGUGCGAUCAGGAGUCAUGGAAAUAGUGGUUUCCAUGGAGCAUCUGCGUUUGAUCCCUGCUGCCCUGUUUCUUCUUCCCGAGCUGCAAUCUUUGGCCAUCAGGCUGCUACUGCCCCGACUCAGCCAUUAUCAAUAGAUGGCUAUGGAUCAAGCAUGGUUGCACAGCCCCAGCCCCAGCCUCCUCCACAGCCCUCUCUCUCAUCAUGUCGGCAUUAUAUGCCACCUCCUUAUGCUUCCUUGACAAGACCACUGCACCAUCAAGCCUCGGCUUGCCCCCAUGCUCAUGGAAACCCCCCUCCUCAGACCCAGCCUCCACCUCAAGUGGAUUAUGUUAUUCCCCAUCCUGUACAUGCUUUUCAUUCUCAGAUAUCUUCUCAUGCAACAUCUCAUCCUGUGGCACCCCCACCCCCAGCUCAUUUAGCUAGUACUGCUGCACCCAUCCCGCAACAUCUUCCUCCUACUCACCAGCCAAUUUCACACCAUAUUCCGGCCCCAGCACCUCCAGCCCAGAGACUGCACCCUCAUGAAGUGAUGCAGAGGAUGGAAGUUCAAAGGAGGAGGAUGAUGCAGCAUCCAACUGGUCUUUUUGUGUUCUGUGUUUCCAGGCGGGCACAUGAACGCCCCCCACCUCAUCCACAUAGGAUGCACCCGAACUAUGGCCAUGGGCAUCACAUUCAUGUGCCUCAAACCAUGUCCUCACAUCCUCGCCAGGCUCCAGAGAGAUCUGCCUGGGAACUGGGAAUUGAAGCUGGAGUGACUGCAGCGACCUACACACCUGGGGCAUUGCAUCCUCACUUGGCCCAUUACCAUGCUCCUCCUCGACUGCAUCACCUACAGUUAGGACCACUUCCUUUAAUGGUUCCUGACAUGGCAGGCUACCCCCACAUCCGUUACAUUUCAUCAGGAUUGGAUGGGACAUCAUUCAGAGGUCCUUUCAGGGGCAACUUUGAGGAACUUAUUCAUUUGGAAGAAAGAUUAGGAAAUGUCAAUCGUGGAGCAUCCCAGGGAACAAUCGAAAGAUGUACAUAUCCACAUAAAUACAAAAAGGUAACAACUGAUUGGUUCUCACAGAGGAAACUGCACUGCAAGCAAGAUGGGGAAGAGGGGACUGAGGAAGAUACAGAGGAAAAAUGUACUAUCUGUUUGUCUAUUUUAGAGGAAGGUGAAGAUGUGAGGCGUCUUCCCUGUAUGCACCUUUUCCACCAAGUGUGUGUUGACCAGUGGUUGAUUACCAAUAAGAAGUGCCCCAUAUGCAGAGUGGACAUUGAGGCCCAGCUGCCAAGUGAAAGUUGACAACGUGUUUCAGAACUCUUGCUCUCCCUCUCAUUCCCAUCCUUUCUGGUACUGCAGUCAACCAAAGAUGGCAUGACUUACCUGUGCAGAUUUGGAAGCAUUGAACUUCAAGUGCUGGCUCUGCUAUAUGGUACAACUAAUGCUAGACCUACAGUUUAUGUAUACAGUUGAUUUUGAUGUAUUUAUAAAAGCUUUUCCCCCCCCUAGAUUUGACAUUUUUUCCUGUAUCAUUUUACUGUAUUUUUGCAUGGUUCCUUGUAUUGCAUUUCUUUGCACAUAUUAUGGGCUUGUGACCCUAAACUUGCAGGCAAGAUUAGCUGCUUUAGUAAGUAGUAUUUUGUGGUCUUUUUUUUUUUUUUUUUUUUUUUUUUUUUUUUUUUUUUCUGUUGUUGUUGUUGUUGUUGUUGUUGUUGUUUUUUACAUAGUACCAAGUCUUGAGAAUUACGGAUUUUUUUAUCCAUUACUAACCUUUAAUUUAAUCAAUCAUGUACUUUAGUUUAAUGUAUAAAGAUCCUCUAGAAAAUGAUAAUAUUAUGUAUUAAGACAUUCCUUAACUAAAUUAGGACAAAAUGGCUGCUGUAUAUUUACAACAUGGAGUUCUGAGUUAAGUACCAACUUUAGUUCUGGGAACAGAAUACAACCCAUGUCAGUCAAUCAGAUGCAGGUGGUGCUCACAUCACCAGAGUGAUCAAUAUGGAUUUUCUUGGUGUAUCCUUUUCUUGCCAGCACAGUGCAAGAUAGAGUUGAAUAUUAAUAUCAUACAUUUAGACUGCUGUUCUGAUCAUAUUUAUCUUUUUCUACAUCAUUUAGAACUUUAUUUCCCUAUUUCAAUUUUUGCUGCUUUGAAACAGCUUUGAUGAACACUAAAUAUUAAAUUGAGUUAGCUGGAUUGUACAUACUUGCAGAUUUUUUUAAAAUUUAGGGAAAUUGAGAAAGACAUGUAGAAUUUUGUUCAUUCUGCUAAGCACGAAUAGUUGAUAUCUGCUUAUACUAAUUUUAUAGACAUAUUCAGUCAGGACUAGAAUUUCUGUCAUUGGCAGGUAUCUAUGCAUUCGUAGAACUUGGAAAGGUCCCAGGAUCACUUUUAAGGGAUUUUUUUUAUUAGUCUAAAUAUAAAUAAAGUCAGCUGAAUCUACAUGUCUCUUGUUUUAUUUCUCUCUAAACUUGAAAACAAUAAAAUCUGCAGAUACUGUGAGGCACAAAUUAUAUGGUCAACCUACUGUUGUUAUGGUUAUAGAUGCCCACUUCAUACAUUACCAAGAGUCGAUCACUGAUUUAAAAAUUUUAAUUUCUAUAGUUAAGAUUUACAAUGUAAUAUAGAGUAUAAAGUUAAGUUAACAUACUAACAUUUCUCCUUUGGAGGAAGUUUUAAUCCACUUCAAGAUGCAUAGUGUCGAGAUACUUUUCAUAUACAGGAUAGCCUAAUUUUAUUUGUUUAAAUAUGCUUAAUAUGCGCAAGAUUGCAAAUGCAUCCAGUCAGUAAUAUCACUGUCUGUAUGUGGAAGACAUGUUCCAAUGGAUCAUAUGUGAAGAUGUCAAUAAGCUUGCAUUAAGCCACCUGCUUUGUAAGUGGAUUGAUUAAUAAAUAACUUAUAUUUCUAUUGUC